UCGUUGACAUGCAAAGUACAAAUUUAGACCAUUUUAAUCUUUCACUUUCACUUUUCACGGUCACAUAAGCAAACAGACCGUACUAGCUCCUCGCACUCUGCAUUUCAGAUUCCUGCAAAAGCCUUACAAUUCAAAGCAGUUCUGAGCAACCUGCCCAUUUGAAGGAGCGACUCAGCACCAGACACAGCUGAGAAAGUAGAAGAGGGAAAGCUCUGUCGCCACUGCUUUUCAGUUGCAAGUUUUGAGGAAUCUUCUGAAAGCAUUCUGUAAGCGGUCCAGCAGUCUCAAUGUCCCAGAUGCACUCCAGAAAUUCUUAUUCGUCACUGGUGAAAGGUAUUCAGUAUUUUGAUGUCACCGGGGGCUUCAACCCUUGCAAACUCCUUCUCACCGGAGACCAAGCUUUUCCUGUGCUGGUGAGCACGAAGGGCAACGUACUAAUAGCCGCAUCCAGGUACGGGGCAGGCCGGAUGGUGGUGACGGCGCAUGAAGCCAUGUUGCAAAUGCCCCAGUUCCUGCCCUUCAUUAGAAAUAGCCUAGAGUGGCUCAAGCCAUCCCCAACAGCAAAAGUGGGUGUCCACCAGAACAUGGCUACUCUCUCUGAUCUGCUCAAGAAUUCUGUUCAGGUGCAUCCGAACGCCCGGCUUGGAGACUCCUUUGGGGUCUACUGUAUCAAUGCCUAUGACGACACACAAGCUGGCAGCCUUGCUCAGUUUGUAAAGAGAGGCGGGGGUCUACUCAUUGGAGGGCAGGCCUGGCAUUGGUCCUAUCAACAUGGAAAAGAGAAGGUGCUGGCUGAAUUUCCUGGCAAUCGGGUGACUGGCAUGGCUGGAGUGUACUUUACCGCUGCUGUGGGAGACAAUGGGGUCUUCCCUGUGCAACAGGAUAUACCAGAGGUUCCCCCAAGCCCUGAAUACACCUGUAGACCAGCAUUCCAAACAGUCCAGAGGGAGUCCAGAAAAUCUUACGAAUCUUUGGUGAAAGGUAUUGAGUCUUUGGCUGUCACUGGGGAGUUCAAUCCUUGUGGGCUACUUCUCACAGGAGACCAAGCUUUCCCUGUCCUUGUAAGUACCAACGGGCAAGUACUAAUAGCCGCAUCCUGGUAUGGGGCAGGCCGGAUGGUGGUGACGGCACACGAAUCCAUGCUGAAAAUGCCCCAGUUCCUGCCAUUCAUUAGAAAUAGCCUAGAGUGGCUCAAGCCAUCCUCGACGGCACAGAUCAGUGUCCACCAAAGGUUGGAUGCCCUCUCCGAGUUGCUCCUCAGUAACGGUGUCAAGGUGCACCCAGAUGCAAGGCCUGGAGACUCUCUUGGGGUCUACUGCAUUGACGCUUACGAUGCCACACAAGCCGAUGGCCUUGUGCAGUUUGUAAAGAGAGGCGGGGGUCUGCUCAUUGGCGGACAGGCCUGGUACUGGUCCUAUCAACAUGGAAAGGAGAAAGUGCUAGCUGAAUUUCCUGGCAACCGGGUGACCAGUGUUUCUGGGGUGUACUUCACUGCCAACGUGGGAGAGAAUGGGAUCUUCCCGGUGCAAGAGAAAAUGCCAAAGAUUCCCUUGAUCAUCCAGCAUGGAUUAGACAUUGAGGGUGACUUAAAGACUCUUCUGAAUGGCGUGACAACCUUCUGUUUUAAGGGCAUGAUCCCUUCUGAACUGCUUAUCCACGGGAAUCUGGCAUUUCCAGUGGGCAUAACUGAUUCUUUCCAGUCCUUUGUUGGAGCCGCCUACUACGGCAGGGGACGUGUUGUGGUCUUCUCCCACGAAGGAAUGCUCAACAGACCAUCCAUGAAAACUUUCCUCCUCAACGCCAUCAACUGGGUUACUGCUGGAAAGGGAGGGAAAGUUGGCAUCGGAGACCAAUUGAAGGAACUUUACUCCAUGUUAAAUCAGGCUGGGAUCCCUUGUGAGCUAACCGAUCUUAAGCCGGGCUUGAGCGUGUACUGCUGCAACGCCUACAGUGACAAAGAGAAGGAAAGAAUCCACGAAUUCGUCUCUGAGGGAGGUGGUCUCCUCAUCGGUGGACAAGCUUGGUACUGGACUUAUCAAAAUCCUACCGCCUGCGCCAUCGCACAAUAUCCAGGAAACAAGAUACUGAAGAAAUUUGGAAUUGGGAUCACCGGGGAGUGUAUCAACCUACCUGGUGAAAGCUACCCAGUGAGACAGGCCAGCGCUGUUGCUUCGAGCUAUCACUUCCGCGAAGCGCUCUUCCAAUUCAAGGAGCACAUUCGGAGCAAGCAAGCUCUGCAGCCUCCAUAUUCCUCAUGGCUCAAGAAGCUAGGGAAAGACUGUGCCACAUUCCUGAGCAUCCCAGCUACCAACUCUCCACCUCUCUCCUCGGUCCAUGAGGAUAUGCUGCAGCUGAUCAAGCUCGAGUUUUUUCAGCCGGAACUCAACAGAACUCAGAGAAUAAUGGAGGCAUCCAUGUUGAGCUCCAGCACCUCCUCUUCCAGAAAAAUAGCACUUCUCUGCGGGAUUUCUGGUGCCAGGGCAAGCAACCCAAUUAAAAGCAACUCGGAUGAAGCCAUUUUAAUUCAAAUGGCAUUCCUGCUCUACAACAAUUUACCACAUUUCCAAGACCUAGUGCCCCAUCUAAUUCAAAACCUUCCAAGCUAUCCCACAGCACCUCCUCAAGUCAUUCAGAUUAAUGGAAUAAAUGAGGGAGACGAAGCUUGGAGAAGCACCGGCCUUUAUGUUCCUCCGGCAAAGACCGUCAGCUUACUCUUUCCACCCAAUGCCAUCAGUGCUCAGCUGCAGGUCCAGAUUGGCUGCCAUUCCGAUGACCUGAGCAAUGCUGAGAACUUGCUGCGUCCUCCGGUAGUGAUCAGGCGGUUUGAAGUUACGAGUGAAAGAAUGGAAGUCUCCAGCUUGUGGGGUGGCCUCCUGUACAUUGUGCUGCCAAAGAAGUCUUCCGUGGGCAACAUAUCAGUCAACGUCAAAGGGGCUUCACUGGCUCCUUAUUUCAAGCAUGGUGAAACCAGCCUAUCCGCCUGGAAGGACACUAUCCGCCACUACCCUGCUCCCUGGGCUGAGUUAGAAACGGAGAACAUCAUCUUGACAGUGGCCUCAGAGGACGUGCGUGGAAUGGACAAUCCAGGGGUCCUACUGAACACCUGGGCCCAGAUGAUGAGAGCAGUGGCCAAGUUAGCAGCCAUCCCUCCCCUUUUCCCCAGACCAGAAAGGAUAGUGGAAGAUAUCCAAAUAUCUGUUGGUUGGAUGCACUCUGGCUAUCCGAUCAUGGCUAACGUGGCGGCGUCAGAGGAGAUCACGGAUGUACAGCGCAUGUACACCAAAGGCACUUGGGGCCCGAUCCAUGAGCUGGGUCACAAUCAGCAGAAGGGUGGGUGGGAAUUCCCCCCACAUACCACGGAAGCCACCUGCAACCUCUGGUCUGUUUACGUCAAUGAAACUGUGCUGAACAUCCCCAGAGAAAGAGCCCAUCCAGAGCUUAAACCAGACAGCAGAAAGAGGAGGGUGAAGGACUAUAUUCAAGGCGGAGCUCAGCUGAAGGACUUCACGGUGUGGACUGCACUAGAACCUUACUUGCAGUUGCAGGAGGCCUUUGGCUGGGAGCCCUACAUCCACAUCUUCGUAGAAUACCAAGCAAUGACCCACAUCCCAACUGACAACAGCGCCAAGAUGAACCUCUGGACCCGCCAUUUCUCUCAAGAAGUGAGCAAAAAUCUGGGUCCUUUCUUUAAAGCUUGGGGGUGGCCAAUUGAGGAGAACCUCACUCAGGAGCUGGCCAGAUCCUUUCCCCCGUGGACAGAGGAUCCGAUGAAGAAGUAUGAAUCUUCCUAAGGAAGGGAAACUAACAGAUUGAAAUUGUGCUGAAUAGAAUAUACUUGCAAACCAUCAACCAAUAUAAGCCCCCUGCUAUAGAACUGUAAUCCACGUUGAAAGUGGUCAAUGAAUGUAUUCCUGAUGCUUCUCCCAUUUAGCUGUUAUUCUUGGUUCAACAGGACCUGAGAAUGCAACAGCACUCUCCCCACUUGCGAUUCCUAGCAAUGGAAUUCAGAAACAUUAAUGCCACUAACCAUGGCUAGUAGCCAUUGAUUGUCCAAUUCUCCAUCCCCUUGUAUAUGUGUUUUUUUAAAAAAGAUUUGGUAUCUGGUUAAAACUAUUAUAAGGGAAUGCAAACUAAUCAACCUCGUAAACUGAUGGAGAAAUGAAUGUUCUUGAUGCCCUGGAAUAACAAAAUCAAUGACAAUAUACAUGCAAGUUACUGUUACCAAACUUUUUCCAUGCAGUCGUUGCAAAAAUGUGGAAAUGAAUCAAGGUAUAUUAUUUUUUUAAAAUUUGCCAUUUGGUCCUUACACGCUGCUUGCUUUGUUCUGCAUCCAAUGAAGUUCUACUCAGAGUAGACCCACUGAAAUUCAUGAACCCAAGUUUGUACUCUCAGUUUAUUUCAAUGAAUGUAUGCUUAGUACAGCUAGCAUCUGAUAUAGCCAUUUUUAUUGAAAACGAAACUUUCUAUGUGUAAAUUGCCUUCAGCAGUCGGAAGCACUAGGAGCUCUUGACACCUGCUGGUCCAGAGGCAGUUGGAUCCACACCUCAACGCUGGACUGAGGACUUUGCAGCUAAUAAUGGUGCUGCGAAUCUCAUGGGCGGCUAGGUCAAAAUCUAAAGAAGCUGCUUCUAACAUGAGGUCUCUGGUCAGUCCGCAAGUAUGUUAUUUGUAACUGGCCAGUAAUAAUGCCUAGUGGUAUUUUGCUGGCUGAGGCAGAAAUUCGAGCAGAAAUAACAACACAUUUUAGGAUUAUAAUAUGUCAGAAUUUUGGGGGUUCUACCCUUUUUUUAAAUUUUGGUCAUUUGACGUUUAUGAUUUUCCUAUUUCCUUCUGAGGAAACUGAAUAGUUCAGUGAAACGAGGUUUGCAGCCGGCAUCCCGUUAAGGCUUUGUUCUAUUUCAGU